CAGCGCGCGGUUUGUUCUCCAGCGGGCUCUGCCUCAUGUGUGACGUGUGUGAAGAGCAGCGAGCAGUUCACAUGCACGAGCUCAUCAGAGAUCAUUCAGAGGGACGCAGUCACGCAGAGCUCUGCUCCACAAGUGAAGUGACACCCCCCCAACCCCCCUGGUGCUAUAAAUCAAGAUGAAGGUGAUCUAUCUUCCUGUUUGCAUCUUGGUCUUCUUCUCCGUGAGCCGAGCAGACAACUUUGACGAGGCGUACAGCGACCUGGAACACUAUAGGACCAUAUACAUCUCAGAAAAUGGACCCCGACUCUCAGUUGAUACAGCACAACCAAAAGUGAUCUCACAACGUGGAGGCAAUGCCACACUGCCGUGCAAGUUCAACCGGGAUCCCACUUCUGUCCCAAAUCCCAAGUUGAGGAUCAAAUGGACUAAACUGACUUCAGACUAUCUCAAGGAAAUUGAUGUGUAUGUAGCUAUGGGCUUCCACAAAAAGAGCUAUGGUCAAUUCCACGGCCGCGUGCACUUGCAGGCUGCCAGCGAGAACGAUGCCUCGCUGGUCAUCACUGAGAUCACACUGGAGGAUUAUGGGAAAUAUAAGUGUGAGGUCAUUGAUGGUUUGGAGGAUGACACAGCGGUUGUAUCCCUUGACCUGCAAGGCAUUGUCUUUCCAUAUUUCCCUCGACUUGGUCGCUACAACCUGAACUUCCAUGACGCUGAGAAAGCUUGUCGAGGUCAGGAUGCCAUUGUAGCGUCUUUCGAGCAGCUGUACGAUGCCUGGAGAGAUGGGCUGGACUGGUGCAAUGCAGGGUGGCUCAGUGACGGAUCAGUGCAGUACCCCAUCACCAAAUCCAGAGAGCCGUGUGGAGGCAAAAACACCAUCCCCGGUGUGAGGAAUUAUGGGAUGCGCAACAAGCAAAAAGAACAAUAUGAUGUCUUCUGUUUCACCUCUAACUACAAAGGACGGUUCUACUACUUGAUACAUCCUUCCAAGCUCACGUAUGAUGAGGCAGUGCAAGCGUGUCUGAAGGACAGCGCUCAAAUCGCUAAAGUUGGCCAGAUGUAUGCCGCGUGGAAGUUGCUGGGCUACGACCGCUGUGAUGCGGGCUGGCUGGCGGACGGCAGUGUGCGCUACCCGAUCUCACGGCCUCGCCGGCGCUGCAGUCCCACAGAGGCUGCAGUACGCUUUUCUGGAUUCCCCAACAAGAAGCACAAACUCUAUGGCGUCUACUGCUACAAGAGCGAAAAAUGAGAUGAUGUACCAAUCGUAUAACUCACAAACUGAAGCAUAACAAUGAAAGGAGUUAGUUUGAGUCCAUUAAAACUGUGACAGUCUCUAGAUACUGUAAUACGGAAUGAUUUGAAGAUACAGUAAGUGAUUGGUGUUUUGUUUAAGCAAAGGUUGAAAAAGGGACUUCAGUUACCCUAUUCACUCAAAAUCAAGACUUUGCCACAAGACGCCAACAAGACAAGAACAGUAUUCAUAGGAUGCCACAGAAAAUAAAUGUGUUCCAGGUCUGAAUGAUCAUUUAUAGCAGUGCUGAAGGAAGAGAUAUUUGGCGAGAUAUUUCAGUAGAGAUUCACACUGUGCUCUUCCAUUUAGCAUGCAGUAGCUUGAGGGAUGUGCUAGAAUUGAAUGACAGUAAAGCUUAACACAUUUAAAUGAUUCUUCUGUGCACUUAGUUUAUCAUUCAAGAAAUCAUAUCCCAUUUAAAAGCAUGAUGGAAAUAAAUUCAAUGAAUGUGCUAAACACCACACAGUCAUGGCACAAUGAACACAAUUUUCCCUUUUGUCAUCCUUACAGGGGUGCUAUAAAUGUAUUAUUUUCUAAUAUCAUACCUUUUUUUUUUUUUUUUUUUGAAAACAUUUCAUGUGUGGACCAAACCAUGUUGAGUCUUACAUAAGUCGCAUUGUUAAGAAACAACAGCAUUGUUCUACGAUUUUUUUAAACUAUUGAAAUAUAAAAGUAGUGUGUUUAUAAAUGUAUCUGUUAAUUAUCUUUUUCUUAAAAAUAUGUUUUUAUAAAAUGUCUCCCCUGUGACUCAAUUUAAGAACAGUUCAUUCUAUCUGCAUACAUGUGAAGAGCUGUACUGUAUUGACCUCAUCACUGUAAAAUGAUCUUUGUGGCCAGAAAUAUAGGAGAAAUUUGUGGUUCAUACCACAGACAUAAUGACAAUACCAUUGCAUUUCAAAAGU